AUGGCAUAUAUUCUCGCAAAACAGAAGCCGAAUUGGGAGCCGGGCACCAAAAGCGGCUACCACGCUAUCACCUAUGGUUGGAUUGUAGACCAAAUUGUACGCAGAGCAGAUCCUAAGGGAAGGUCCGUAGGACAAUUCUUCAAGGAGGAAGUAGCGGAUAAAUACGGUAUCGAUUUCCAUAUCGGAUUACCAAAAUCUGAGGAACAUACUGUGUCACGACUAUCCCUGCCAUCUACAGCGCAUCUAUUGAAGGAGAUCAUCCAUGAUCCUAGGUUUGUCAUGCGUAUUUGGAUAAUAGAACCAUAACG